GGCGUCCAAACAUAAUCCUCUUCUUCCAUUUCCCGUCUUUCGAGCGAAGUAGUUAAAUAGAAACUACAUUAUCAAAGAAAAUGGUGAAGCCCCAAAGGCCCCCAUCUGGCCGUACAAAUCUAGCUUCGUGUAUUGUGGCAACAAUUUUCUUGAUCUUUCUUGUAAUAAUAGUUCUCAUCGUUUACUUCACCGUUUUUAAACCCAAAGAUCCCAAGAUCUCCGUCAACUCCGUCCAGCUGCCUUCCUUCUCCGUAUCUAAUAACUCCGUCAGCUUCACUUUCUCCCAAUACAUCUCCGUUAAAAACCCUAACCGAGCCGCUUUAUCUCACUACGACAGCUCUAUCCAGCUACUUUACUCGGGUUCUCAAGUCGGAUUCAUGUUCAUACCCGCGGGGAAGAUCGAGGCGGGUCGGGCCCAGUACAUGGCCGCAACUUUCGCCGUUCAGUCUUUUCCCUUGGCUGCGGCGAAUGAGGCGUCGGCCGCAACGAUGCCUACAACUACGACGGAGCCCAUUGGCUGGCUUGGCGGGAGUAACAAUGGGUACCGAGUUGGACCCACGAUGGAGAUUGAGUCUCGGAUGGAGAUGGCGGGUCGGACUCGGGUUCUGAACUUCUUCACCCAUCACGUGGAUGCUAAAUCUGAGUGCAGAGUGACCAUUGCAGUGAGUGAUGGUUCUGUCUUAGGUUUUCACUGCUAAUUGUUAAUUUCAUCGUUCAUGUAACAUAAGAAGGGACUCAUGAGCCAUUUUCUUUAA